UUAUAGUGUGGGAUCUACAGACCCUUUCAAUGCUGCAAGUCUUCCAAGAUCAAGAUAGUCCGAAAGGGAUUGAGACCCUUGCCAUGGUAUUUGACAAUGCUCGUGGCACACUUAUCACAGGUUCAACUGUCAUUUAUAUUUAUCCGCUAACGCACAUGAUACAAGAUACAAAACAGGUCCCAAAAACACAUGAGAAAAGCAUAAAUGUUCUGGCUUAUAACAGAGCUUUUCACCAAAUCCUCACUGUCUGCUCUGAGUCAAUACUGAAGGUGUGGGACCUAGAAACAGGAUAUCAAAUAUACCAGAUUGAAGAUGCACAUGGGCUGAAUAUUGAAGUGACCUGCGCAGCAAUUGAAAUAAAUGGUUUCUAUCUUGCUACUGGGGCUUGUGAUGGUAAACCAACUAAAUAA